UUCUUCUCAGCUACGCAAUACAUUUGUUCUUGAGACAAUGGCUUAAACUUUUUUUUUCUUUUUUUUUACCAUUUCUAGAUAAUUUUCCAUAUUAUUUUUAUUAGUCAGAAUUAAAAAAAGACAUCAUACUUAUUACGCAAAUGAUGAGACGUUGUGAUAUAAUGCACUGCUCAACGCUAAUAGUUUAACUGUUGAUAGAUAUUAGAUUGUAGCCUCCUAGCUAAUAUAACCUGUAGGUGAGGUGAGUAACCGGAACAGCAGGUGGCGCUGUGGCGCUUCAUGGCGCUGUAGCGUCUUCGCUAAUAGGCGAGAGAGCGCGAGAGAGAGAGAGCGUUACCGGAAGCGCUGAUGGGAGUUGUAUUUAUCUUAGCACCAGUCAUCAAGCUGUCUGUUCGGGUCCGGAUUCUCCUAUGAAACAUUAUUUUAUCAUCUAAAAAAUUAUAAUUCGCUCGGUUCUCACGUUAGUGUCAGUGUCAUGGAGCAAAAGAAGACGGUUAUUGUGACAGGUUUUGGACCUUUUGGAGAACAUGCUGUUAAUGCAAGCUGGGUGGCAGUGCAGGAGCUAAAGGAGUUGGGACUCGGACCAACUGUGGAUCUACACGUUACUGAGGUUCCUGUGGAGUACCAAGCAGUCCAGAAUCUUCUGCCCGCACUAUGGGAUCAGUAUCACCCACAGUUAGUGGUCCAUGUUGGAGUGUCUGGAAUGGCUACAACAGUAACCCUUGAAAAAUGCGGUCAUAACCAUGGCUAUAGGCGACUUGACAACUGUGACUUCUAUCCUAAAUCCGGGUGCUGUAUAGAGGGGGGGCCAGACUGCAUCAAGUCAGCCAUCGAUAUGGAUGUUGUCUGCAAGAGGGUCAACAACUCAAACAUCGGAAUCUCCGUAUCCGUUUCAAAGGAUGCUGGCAGAUACCUGUGUGACUACACCUACUACACCUCGUUGUACCUGGGCAAGGGCCGAUCUGCGUUCGUGCACGUGCCCCCCCUGGGGAAGCCCUACAGUGCGGAACAGCUGGCACAGGCACUCCGAGCUGUGAUCUUGGAGAUGCUGGACAUGUUGGAGCAUAGUACGGAAAAGCAAUGUUGCCAGCACAGUCAUUGAAAAAUCCCAGAACAGCUUUUUAACCCAGUAUGUAGUGUAUGUUUGGUGAUAUCUGAUACACUACAUAGGCGGGACUGGGCUGAGUUGCAAUGUAGCCCAAACACCAGACCGAAGCCUGUUGCUGCUCAGCUCAAACAAGGAUAGACAGCACUUUGUGGGGUAUAGUGAAAAGACGCCAAGAUGUGGUGCUAUGUAUAAAAUUUAUUUGUGAAUUGAACUAAAUAAUUAGUCCAUCAGCACAUACACAGCCAUGUGCAGUAAGUUUUCCAUGACCGCCUAUACACACACACACACACACACUCACAUAUAUAUAUAUAUAUAUAUACAUAUAUAUAUAUAUAUAUAUAUAUAUAUAUAUAUAUAUAUAUAUAUAUAUAUAUAUAUCCAUCUUUGUUUUUUUACAAGAGCCAAACUGUCACUUUAGAUAUAAGUAUGACUCAUUUUAUUUUUUUAUUUAUGUGGGAAGACUAACAUGUCCUUGUAUUUUAGCAGAGGUAUUAAUAUAAACAGGUUUAGUCUGGCCUACUAGGGAUGACUUUAGAUGUAUUAGUAUGUGCUGCAUAUUUGUAGUGAGCACUAAAAUGUCAGCAACCAGCUGUCUAAAAAAUUUUAAUACAGUAACAUAGUCAAAGCACACACUUGAAAGCACACUGGAAACAAUGUUGCCUUUUGUAUGUAUCAGGACCCGCUAACUGCCAGCUAUUUUUGAAGGAUAAUAUUAUGAAUAUUAUAUUGUAUUAUAUUAUUAUUAAUAAUAUUAGGAAAUCACACUUGUAUAUGUACGACAUUUAUAAUCUGUGACUAAUCAUCACACUGGCAUUAUCUACAAAUUGUCUGUGUGUUCAGAACCUAUGACAGAAAUUAUGAAUUGUGAUUGAUAUGAAGUUAUAGAAAUAUUAUAAUUAAUAGUUAUAGACAUUUUUAUAGAAAAUACUUAAAAUGGAAGCAAUUGAGGCAGUUUGUACUUGUCUAAUGGUGUCCCUUUUUCUAUUUUUUACUAAUUCAUAAAUAUAUGUUUCUUGUAGUUUUUUCCUUGGCCAACUGUUAAACUGAUUCUCUUCAUUUUAUGUUUAACCCAUGGAAUGCUUAAUAAUGUAUGCUGCAUUACUUUCUGUAAAAGUAGAAACAUGUUCUCUGCUUAACAUUCCCUGUUCAUUUACAGCUUAAUGUCUGGCUUCUCUGGUGAACUGUAAUGCUACAAUAAAUAAUGGUAUUAGAACUAAUAAACUAUAGCAUUUGUACAUCUA